CUGACGUCACGUCCGCCGCGGCGUCCCCUCUCUCUUUUCGCUGUCGGCCAUUUGCGCGGAGAUCUCUGUCACAAUUGAAUAAAAGCCCACCGGCUGAACUAAAUCCAGCAUGCAGAACGACGCAGGAGAAUUUGUUGAUCUUUAUGUUCCACGCAAAUGCUCUGCUAGCAACAGAAUUAUUGGUGCCAAGGACCAUGCCUCCAUUCAAAUCAACCUUGCUGAUGUUGAUAAAGUAACUGGGAGAUUCAAUGGACAGCACAGAACUUAUGCCAUCUGUGGAGCUAUUCGUAGAAUGGGUGAAUCAGAUGAUUGUAUCCUGAGGCUAGCAAAGAACGACGGGAUUGUGGCCAAGGCUGUCUAACAAGCAGAAGACUUGCGUUUGAGAAGGCUGAUGUUUGUAUAGAAAUAAAAAUAAACUCAAGCAAAACAUA